CCGUAUCUCACGGAUCGGCUCAGAGCUGCAUCACCGGGUCUCCAGGAUGGACGGUUUCGAUGAGGAUUUAGUAAACGCCCUUAAAGACGUGGUCCGCCAUGGGAAUUGGUGCUGCGUAGGGGAGAAACGCAACUUCAAGCCUGGGUGUACAAAGCUGUAUUCGGAGGAUGGGGAGCACGUUGUCCUUGUGCGGACGGAAGAUGAUGGCUUCUGGGCAAUGGACUCCUCCUGCCCCCAUGAAGGUGGCCCCCUUGAGCUGGGAGACAUUGAGGAUUUGGGGAAUGGGAAGCUGGGAUUAAUUUGUCCUUGGCAUCACUUUGACUUCUGUUUGGAAACGGGGAUUUCCUCUACAGGCCUGCAGAACCAAGUGUAUGAGGUCAGAGUUGUCCAAGAAAAAGUUUAUAUAAACACUCAAAAUAUGCUGUCGCUUUCCCCAGUUCCUGAAGACAGUUCUGUUCCCUCAGGAACACUGCCACUAGAGGCACCCAUACCCACAACGUCAGAAAAUUCACUCUGCUUCUGGGCAAGAAAAAUUCUCUGCACACCAGACCCAAAAGAGAAGGUCACAUUGACACAGGAGGUGCAGGAGAGGUGGAACUCUGGGAAGAUCACGGAGGUGGGCGAAGCAGCCCCCCCAGCGCAACCGUGGAGGAAGGACAACCUCACUGUAGUGGAUCCCAAGAAGAUGAAGCGUGGCAGAGGCGGCACACUGGCCAGCAGGAUUGCCCUUUUGCACUCCUUGGCCAACAUGGAGCAGUGGGCCAUUGAUCUGUCCUGGGACAUGAUUGCCAGGUUUUCAAACUUCAGACUAAGCACCGGGGAACCUUUGCCCCUUCAGUUCUUCAAUGACUUUGUCAAGGUGGCUGGAGACGAGGCUAAGCACUAUAACCUGAUGGAGCAGCGCCUUACAGAGCUGGGCAGCUACUUUGGUGCUUUGCCAGUUCACAAUGGGCUGUGGCAGUCAGCCAAAGACACCUCUCACAGCCCACUGGCCAGAUUGGCUGUUAUAAACAUGAUUCACGAGGCGAGGGGUCUGGAUGUGCACCCGCAGACGACGUCCCGCUUCGCCGCGCAGGGCGAUGACGGCUCCGUGCGGGCGCUGGAGGUGAUCUACAGCGAGGAGAUCACGCAUGUGGCGGCAGGGCUGAGAUGGUUCACAUACAUCUGCAGGGAACAGGGCCUGGACUGCUUGGCUACCUUCCAUGAAAUGGUGAAGAAGCACUUCAGAGGUUACCUGAAACCUCCAUUUAACACCGAAGGCAGAAAAUUAGCGGGAAUGACAGAAGAGUGGUAUGUGCCCCUGGUCAGACCAUCCAGCUGACGGAGGACCUCAGCACAGAGGUACAGUCAAUGUACCCCUCCCCCGAUUCUGUUAAAGAUUACAGUUGUUCCGGGACUGUUAUAGGUGGAACCUGGGUCAGGUGUCUCAGAUCUGCAUCAGAGUGUCUGCUUUUGAUGUACAGGAACAUCCAGAACAUUA